AUGCUGGUGAUGCAAGAGUGGAUCGCAAAGUAUGGGAAAGUAUUCGGCAUCUACAUGGGUGACAAACCUCAUAUGGUCAUCACGGACACCGAUAUGAUCAAGGAGUGCUUCAUCAAGCCAUCGAAGGUUUUCCAGGACCGGCCUAUGUUCUUCAUCGACGCUGAACCGUUUUCUAGCGCGCUCACUUUCUUAAAAGCAAGACAGUCGUCAGCGAGACCUACGACUUCGAUGAUGCAGCCGAUGGCGCCCCGCCGGAGUCACCAUCGGCAGCUUUCCAUGCCGGGUGCCAGCGUGACCGAGAACUUCGACCACAACGACAAAGUCGAUUUCACCCGCCAGAGAGACAAGUGGCGAGAACUCAGAUCGCUGUUCAACACGUGCUUCACGGCUAGCAAGGUGAAGGACCUCUUUAGCGCAGUCGACGCGUGCACAACUGAGUUCGUGAAGAAGAUGGAAGUCCUCUGCCGAAGCGGGGACCCUAUCGACGUGUAUCACAACGCGCACUGCCUAACACUGGACACCCUGGCGAAGACGGUGUUAACAUGGCAGGUGAACUUCCAGAUGGACGAGGAUAACCCCACCGUCACUCGACUGUGCACGGUGUUCCAGCAAAUGGACGAUACGGCAAUCGAGAGCGUGUUUGCGUUUCCGUUAUUGCGCGCUGCGCUCCGCUGCGUGUAUCCGUUCACAGACUUCUGCAAGAGCAUGGACAAAGUCUCGAAGGAUGUGCUCGAAGUUCUCAACUGGCGAAGGGGUCCCAGUGCGCCACGAGAGACAGAUGUGCUUCAGUACCUGAUCGACCUCCAAACGACUGACGACGGUGCCACGGAAAAAACGAGGAGAUACGCCCGUGCCCUCAACGACAGCACCCUUCUGGCUAACCUCAUCAUGCUGUUGGCCGUGGGCUUCGAUAGCACCUCCUCUUCGCUGGCCUUCUUGCUCUAUUUGUUGGCGAAACACCCCGAGGAACAAGAGAAGCUUCGUGCCGAAGUGCUGGCAAAAAUGGAAAGCCUGAAAGAUGCGAAAGGAGACAGCAACAACAGGCACCAGAGAGCACCAUCAGAACAGCAGGCACCAGAUAACAUUAAAACGCUUCCCGAGCACGACCCUUCUUCUAAAGACGAAACGUACAAAACACACAGAAGGACGUCAAGCCAAAUAGAUCCCAAGGUGAUCGACGUAACACAGCUGGAUGACAAGGUCGCGGGGCCCUGCGACCUUCAAGAACAACCCUUGAACUUUAGCCUAGAAGCGGACGACAUACUGAACCUCGAACGCCUGGACAUGGUAGUGCGCGAGGGCCUACGGCUGUACCCGGCACUACCUGUAAUGAUCCUGCGCGAAUGUGCCCAGGACACCACCGUUCUGGGUCAGUUCAUUCCUCGCGGAACAACGCUCGUCGCUCCGCCGUGGCACAUUCACAGGGAUCCGAACAUAUGGCAGAAUCCGGACGAGUUCAUCCCCGACAGGUUCGUCAACCAGAGCGCCAUCUCUUCCACUUACUUCCCCUUUGGACUCGGAUCCCACGUUUGCCUCGGCCAGAGGCUAGCUAUGUUGAUGAUGAAGACUGUUCUGUACAAAACCGUCUGCGAGUUUGAGCUGAGCUUGAACGCGGAAGAUUCGGGACCUUUGAAAUUGAAAGUACCGGGCCUGUUGCUGAAUCCUGUUGGUGCCUUGCGGGUCAAUUUUAGGCCUAGGUCAGCUGCAUGCGGAAGGUCGCUAUGA